AUGUGCCUGACGUCGUGCGUAUUCAGGGACCUGGGUGGACCCGCGCUGUCGCCCGACAUCAAGAAAGACAUCAACAUGUUCCAGCUCGAGGGCUACGCCCAGCACUACUUCCGCACGGUGAAGAAGGGCCUCUUCAAGCGCACCGUGCCCGGGGACAUCAACGGCGGACUGCUCAAGCACGCCAAGCGGGACACACACAAGGCCGCCAUCAAGAUGUUCCGCAACAUCCAGCGGUACAUGGGCGAUCGGGAGGUCAAAGCGGGCAACCGGAGCGGUGACCAGCUCGCGCUGCAUAUUGCCGUAGAGGCUGACCGCGUGCCCGAGCUGAGAGACGAGGUCUACAUCCAGAUCUGCAAGCAGACCACCCAGAACCCAUCACCAAAGAGCAAUGGACUCGGGUGGGAACUGCUGGCCAUCAUCUCCUCGAUCUGCUAUCCGACGAAGGAUCUGGAGGUCCAUCUGGUGGCCUACCUCAACUUCUACCUGGGCUGGAACGAGGAGAACGUACGUGCGAUAGCGCACUACUGUUUGCGAAAGCUGGGGCAGAAGGGCAGACCCGCCUCCCUCCACCGAGCCAUCACCCUCCAGGAAAUCGUUCGCUACAAGGCGGCUCCGUUCCAGAAGUCGUGGUUCGGGAGUUGCCUGCAGGAGCAGCUGGAGAUGCCGGUCCAAGCACCACUGCCCCAGACCGCCGCGGCCGACAUUCCCCUCAUCCUCCCCGCCCUCACCGACGCCAUCGAAGUCGCCGGCGGGUUCAAGACGGAGGGCCUGUUCAGGAUCUCGGGCGACGGGGCGGAGGUGAGCCGGCUGCGGGCGCAGGUCGAGGGCGGCGAUCUGACGUUCAACCCGCGCGCCUGCCCGCACGACCUCGCCUCGCUCUUCAAGGCCUGGCUCCGCGAGCUCACGCCCGUCGUCAUCGUGCCCGAGCUCUACCAAGAGUUUUUGAACAACUGCGACCAGCAGGCAAAGCUGCGCGAACUCGUCGCCCAUCUACCGCCCGUCCACAACAAGGCGCUGACGCAUGCCGACAACGUUCCGGCCACAAAGAUGACGGCCUCCAAUAUCGCGCUCCUCUUCUCGCCGCUCCUCCUCAGUGACGACCCAAUGGUGAUGUUGGAAAACACAAAGUCCGAGUCCAAGGCCGUCGUCACCCUCCUCCAGAUCGACUGGUCGGCUUCGUAG